AUGAUUCCGGGGGAAGAAACCGGUGCUUCAGUGACAGUGGCACGUUUAGAGGACGAAACUAUCAUUUUCGAUUUGAAAGGAGUUGAUGUCAGCCUAGCAAACGCACUCAGGCGGCUAAUGAUAGCGGAUGUCCCAACUGUUUCAAUUGACUUAGUCGAGGUGAUAGAAAACUCCUCUGUUCUGUGUGAUGAGUUCUUGGCACACCGCUUGGGUCUGAUCCCCCUUGACAGCACAAAAGCUUCAGAACUCGUGAAGCCUUACGAGUACACUGGAGACGAUGAUACCGCAACAGAUGUGCACUUGGAACUCAAUGUGCGAUGUCAGAGCGACCAGACAAGGGACGUCACGAGCGACGAUCUGAUCUCACACGACGAAAGAGUAAAACCAGUGAGCUUUGGGGGGACAGGUGGUGGUUCUGCGAAGUCAGGCGGGAUUCUGAUAGCAAAACUACGCAAAAACCAGCAGUUAUCGUUGAAAUGUAUCGCAAGAAAAGGCACUGGUAAGGAUCAUGCCAAGUGGUCCCCAGUCGCUACGGCCGUGUUUAAGUACACUCCCUUGAUUGACAUCAAUCACGGCCUCCUGAACUCGCUAAAUGGUAAGAGCCAGACUAGAAUUCUUUACCACAACUUUAAACGUCACAAUGCAGGACCGGAAAAGGCAGCGAUCGUGGAGAGCGAUCCAUCCAAAAUGUUUAAAUAUGACGCCGACACGGAUACUUUUACUCUCACCUCUCCAGAGUCAUGUACUUACGAUGGUGAAGUUAUGAAGAAGGUAAACGAGCUCGGAAAGCCUGGAUUGAUUGAUGUGCGGCCCGGUCUGGACUGUUUUACUUUCAUCGUUGAGUCAACUGGAGUAUUGAAAGUUGAGGAGGUUGUUCUACAGGCAGUGCAUAUUUUACAAAGUAAACUGGAUACUAUAGGAGUAAGUUCGUGUUUUGACAAAUUAGAAAUUCAAUAA